CAUGGAGUCAGGGGAGGCCCGGAGACGCUGCUUGUUGUUGCCAGGGCAACCCGGGGCCCACCAACAAAGGCUACUGGAAGUGGCGGCAGCAGCGGCAGCUGAGAUGGUGACCAACCCAGUGCACGGCCUGCCCUUUCUCCCGGGUUCGUCCUUUACGGACUCCACGAAAACAGCAUUCCACAGAAGCCAGACGCUGGGCUACAGGAAUGGCUAUGCGGUUAUCCGACAUCCAACAGUCGGGAUCGGAGGGGACCGACUCCAGUACAACCAGCUGUCCCAGGCUGAGCUGGACGAGUUGGCCAAUAAGGCACCAGUUCUCACUUACGGCCAACCCAGGAAGGCUCCAACUUCAGAGUUUAUUCCUGCUCACGUGGCUUUUGACAAAAAGGUGCUGAAAUUUAAUGCUUAUUUCCAAGAAGAUGUUCCUACAUCAACAGAGGAGCAUUAUAGAAUCCGUCAAGUGAAUAUUUAUUACUAUCUAGAGGAUGACAGUAUGUGUGUCAUAGAGCCUGUUGUGGAAAAUUCUGGGAUCCCUCAAGGCAAGUUAAUCAAACGCCAGCAGCUAACCAAGAAUGAUGUGGGAGACCAUUACCACUGGAAAGACCUAAAUCGGGGAAUAAACCUCACUAUUUAUGGCAAAACUUUCCGACUUGUUGACUGUGACCGAUUCACGCAGGAAUUUUUGGAAAGUCAAGGAAUUGAAUUAAAUCCACCAGAGAAGAUGGCUCUUGAUCCUUACACUGAACUCCGGAAAGAGCCUGUUCGUAAGUAUGUCACACCAUCGGACUUUGAUCAGCUAAAGCAAUUUCUCACCUUUGACAAACAAGUUCUUCGAUUCUAUGCGAUCUGGGAUGAUACAGACAGCAUGUUCGGUGAAUGCCGUCACUACAUCAUUCACUACUACCUCAUGGAUGAUACAGUGGAGAUUCGAGAGGUCCAUGAACGGAAUGAUGGGAGAGAUCCGUUCCCACUCCUGAUGAACCGCCAGCGCAUGCCCAAGGUUUUGGUGGAGAAUGCAAAGAACUUCCCUCAGUGUGUGCUGGAAAUCUCUGAUCAAGAGGUGCUGGAGUGGUACACAGCCAAGGACUUCAUCGUGGGAAAGCCACUCACAAUCCUUGGGAGGACCUUCUUCAUCUACGAUUGUGACCCAUUCACCCGACAGUACUACAAAGAGAAGUUUGGAAUGCCCGAUUUACCACGCAUUGGUGUGACCAAGCAGGAGCCACCUCCUGUAAAACAGGAACUACCUCCAUAUAACGGCUAUGGACUAGUUGAAGACUCUGCUCAGAAUUGUUUUGUUCUCAUUCCAAAAGCUCCAAAAAAAGACGUUAUUAAACUGCUGGUGAAUGACAACAAGGUGCUCCGCUAUCUGGCUAAGCUGGAAUCUCCCAUCCUAGAAGACAAAGAGCGCCGAUUUAUCUUCUCUUACUUCCUAGCCACUGAUAUGAUCAGUAUCUUUGAGCCUCCUGUUCGAAAUUCUGGUAUCCUUGGGGGCAAAUUCCUUGGCAGAACUAAAGUUGUUAAACCAUUCUGCCCAGUGGACAACCCCAUCUACUAUGGGCCUAGUGACUUCUACAUUGGUGCUGUGGUUGAGGUCUUUGGCCAUCGGUUCAUCAUCCUUGAUACAGAUGAAUAUGUCAUAAAAUACAUGCAGAGCAAUGCUGACCAGUAUUCACCAGAAGCCCUCGCCUCAAUCCAGAACCGUGUGCAAAAGACAGAUGUUCCUGCACCAGAGCUGGAAAACAAGCAAGCUACAGAGAAUCCCAGUGUGCAGGGUCUGGAGACACUGAUAGAAACAAUCCAGAUGCACUUGAAAGACCAUUCAUGCAAAGACAACAUCCAUGAAGCGUUUCAAAUUUACGACAAGGAGGCUUCAGGAUAUGUGGACAGAGAGGUGUUCUUUAAAAUCUGUGAUUCUCUUAAUGUCCCAGUGGAUGACUCCUUGAUUAAGGAGUUAAUCAGAAUGUGCACGCAUGGAGAAGGCAAGAUCAACUACUAUAACUUCGUUCGUGCUUUCUCAAACUGACCUGACCAAGAACAGGAUAUAAAUUUUCAACACUGGACCGACACCUAGAAAUCUACUUUGUGCUUUCCAUAGAGGCAUUUACAGCACUCCGAAGUUGUACAUCUCCUUCAGUUCUUAUAUUUCACUACCACUAAAGUCUAAAUUAAAUUGGUUCCUAGAGCAU